AUGAAUUUUAUUGAAGGCUUACCUAAAUCACAUGGGUCGAAUGCCAUAUUAGUAGUAGUGGAUAGAUUAAGCAAGUACAAUCAUUUCAUUGCCCUAAAUCAUCCAUUCUCAGCCAAGGAGGUCGCUCAGUUAUUCCUCAAGGAAAUUGUAAGGCUCCAUGGGUUUCCAAAGACAGUGGUCUCUGACAGGGGACAAGUAUUCUUAAGUACAUUUUGGCGUGAACUACACACAUUACAGGGAACUGAACUCAAAUUUAGCUCCUCUUACCACCCUCAAACAGAUGGACAAAUUGAAGUCGUCAACAGGUGCUUAGAAAAUUACUUGAGAUGUGCAGUAUUUGAUAAAUUGAAGCAAUGGAAAUUAUGGCUUCAUUGGGCAGAAUAUAGUUACAAUACUUCCUAUCAUUCUUCCACUAAAAUGACUCCUUUUCGAGCAAUAUAUGUCAGGAACCCGCCGAAACUUAUCAAAUAUAGAAUUAGAUAA